AUGGCUACCAUGAAAGACUUAAAACCUCGGGCACCCUUUUCCUUUACCAAUGAAUGGGUUUAUGAUGUUUUUCUCAGUUUUCGAGGAGAGGAUACUCGAAAGGGUUUUACCGGGAACCUUUAUAAUGCUCUUUGUGGAAAAGGAAUCAACACUUUCAUAGAUGACCAAGAGCUUAGGAAAGGAGAAGAAAUCAAACCAGCUCUCAGCAUGGCAAUUCAACAAUCAAGAAUUGCAAUUGUGAUUUUUUCAAAAAACUAUGCAUCAUCCACUUUCUGUUUGGAAGAACUUACAAAGAUCAUGGAGUGUGUAAAACAUAAGGGCAGGUUGGUUUGGCCAGUUUUUUAUCAAGUUGACCCUUCUGAUGUGCGCCAUCAGAAAGGGAGCUAUGCAAAAUCACUGGCCAACCAUGACAGAAAAAAAACCAUUGACAAGGCAAAGGUCAAACAGUGGAGGUUAGCUUUGCAAGAAGCGGGUAAUCUGGUAGGUUCGCAUUUCAAAGACGGGUACGAAUAUAAGUUCAUUGAAAAGAUCAUUCAAGAGGUCUCUGAAAAGAUUCACCGUAAACCAUUACAUGUUGCUAAAUACCCUGUUGGGUUAGGGUCUCGAGUGCAAAAAGUGAACUCACUUCUAGAGGUUGAAUCAAAGGAGGGGAUUCACAUGGUGGGAAUAUAUGGAAUGGGUGGGAUGGGCAAAACAACACUUGCAUGUGCUGUAUACAAUUACAUUGCUGAUCAAUUUGAUAGUCUUUGUUUUCUUGGUGAUAUUAGAGAAAAUUCAAUGAAGCGCGGGUUGGUACAACUACAGGAGAUGCUUCUUCUUGAAUUAGCUGGGGAGAAAGAUGUUAAGUUGUGCAGUUUAAAUAAAGGAAUCUCUAUUAUCAAGAGUAGGCUUCGUGGGAAAAAAACUCUACUGAUUUUGGAUGAUGUUGACAGUUUGGAGCAACUAAAAGCACUUGCUGGUGGCCUUGAUUGGUUUGGUUCUGGCAGCAGAAUUAUCAUCACAACAAGAGAUAAGCAUCUACUAGAUGUUUAUGGUGUUGAAAAAGUCUAUGAAGUAGAAGGAUUGAAUCAUAAAGAAGCCCUCCAGUUGUUCUGUUGGAAUGCUUUCAAAACACUAAAAAUUGGUCGAGGAUAUGUGGAGAUUUCGAAGAGAGUAGUACUUUAUUCUAAGGGUCUUCCAUUGGCUGUUGAAAUAAUAGGCUCUGACUUGUAUGGUAAAACGAAAAUGGAGUGGAAAUCUGCUUUAGAUACCUAUGAAAAAAUUCCUCAUGAAAAUAUUCAAGAAAUCUUAAGAGUAAGCUAUGAUGGCUUAAAAGAAUUUGAGAAGGAAAUAUUUUUAGACAUUGCUUGCUUCUUCAAAGGAGGAAAACUAAGUGAUGUCAUGAACAUACUAUGUAGCGGUCGUGGCUUUGACCCAAACUAUGCUAUUCAGGUGUUGAUUGAUAAGAGUCUGGUAAAAGUUGAUGAUUAUCGUGUCAGGAUGCAUGACAUGAUUGAAGAUAUGGGUAGAGAAAUUGUGCGGCUGGAAGCACCUUCAAAGCCAGGAGAACGCAGUAGAUUAUGGUUCUCCAAAGAUAUUCUUCAUGUCUUCAAAGAGAACAAGGGAUCUGAUAAAACUGAGAUCAUUAUGCUACGCCUACUAAAAGAUAAAGAAGUAGAAUGGGAUGGAAAUGCAUUGAAGAAGAUGGAAAACCUUAAAGUAUUGGUAAUAGAAAAAGCUCACUUUUCCAGAGGACCUAAUCAUCUCCCAAAAAGUUUAAGAGUGCUAAAAUGGUGUGAUUAUCCUGAAUCAUCAUUGCCGGUUUACUUUGAUCCGAAGAAACUUGUCAUACUUGACUUGUCUUUGAGUUGUAUUACUUUCGAAAAUCAAGUGAUCAUGAAAUUCAAAUCUUUGAGGGAAAUGAAGUUAAGUGGAUGCCAAUCAUUAAAGCAAGUACCUGACAUGUCAGGAGCUCCGAAUUUGAAGAAACUGCAUCUUGAUUCCUGCAAGAAUUUAGUUGAAGUUCAUGAUUCCGUUGGGUUCCUUGAAAAACUUGAAGAUUUGAAUCUUAAUCGUUGCACCAGUCUCAGUGUUCUUCCUCAUGGCAUCAACUUACCCUCUCUUAAAACCAUGUCCCUUCGGAAUUGUACAAGUAUCAAGAUUUUUCCAGAAAUUUUAGAUAAGAUGGAAAACAUAACAUACCUUGGUUUAAGUGAUACCGGCAUAAGUGAAUUGCCCUACUCCAUUGGACUUCUUGUGGGGCUUGCAAACCUUUCUAUAGAUAGAUGCAACGAGUUACUUGAAUUACCAAAUAGUAUUUUUAUGUUGCCAAAACUAAAGACUUUGGAGGCUUACAGUUGUAAGGGGCUUGCACGAAUUAAGAAGGGCAAAGAUCAUUGGCCGGAAACAACGCCUUCAGAUGUGAGAAGUGUUGUUGACUUCAGCUUUUGCCAUCUAUCAGAUGAAUUUCUCGUUACACUUCUUCCUUGCUUUCACCAUGUCACAAAUUUAUCCCUUGAUUACAGCAGUAUCACAAUCCUUCCAUCAUGCAUCAAUGCUUGCCACUCUUUGAAGGAACUUACUUUGAAUAACUGUACAGAACUUCGAGAAAUCAGAGGCCUGCCACCAAACAUAAAACAUGUUAGUGCAAUAAAUUGUACAUCAUUGACUUCCCAAUCCAAGGAAAUGUUACUGAAUCAGAUACUACACAAUUGCGGGUCCAAAUAUAUCUGUUUUCCAGGAUCAACUAUCCCAAGUUGGCUCCAUCAAUAUAGAAUGGAACCGUCCCUAUCCUUCAGGUUCCGAAACAAGUUGCCACCGAUGGCUCUUAGUACUAUGGUAGUUUCGGGGGGUUGUUUUUUUUCGAAGGUGCGUCUUAAGUAUGAGUUCGACCUGGUCAUUAAUGGAAGUCAACGGCUGACAAAGUUUCUCCAUGUUAGGUGGUCUAAAGCUAAUGCAUUUGAUACAAAUUUAAAUCAUAUAAUUCUGCUGGAACUGCGGCUCAAAGCUAGCCUUGAUAUGACUGGAAAGCUAUGUAUUAAGAAUGGAUGGAACCAUGCUGAGAUUUCAUUAACAAAUAAAGGUGAAUAUAUGAAAUGGAUGAGACUUCAUGUAUGGGAACAAAAAUCAAACACGGCAGAUGUUCACGCUAUAUAUCCUGAUGUUGCAAUAGAAGGAAAAGAAAAAUGUCACACAUGGAGUUAA